AUGUCUUUUUUCAAGAAAAACAAUACAGAGAGAAAAGAUUCAGUUGAUACCAUCCAAUAUAAGAUUGAUGAUUCAAAUGAUAUCAAGCCAAGCAAUAACCAAGAUGUCCAAUCGAUAUCUAGUGACUUCAGCGAGGCGAAAGACUCAAAGAAUCCAUUCCAUGAUCCCCAAGUUGCCAGAUACUGGGCCAAUGUAUAUGAUCAUGCCAAAUAUGAAUGUCGCCAUUUAUUUGACCCAAAGCUAACAUGGACUGAAGAAGAAGAAAAGGCAGUAAAAUGGAAACUAGAAUGGAGAGUUACACUAUUAGCUUGUUUUAUGUUUGUUGGUUUACAAGUUGAUCGAGGUAAUUUGUCACAGGCUGUUUCUGAUAAUAUGUUAGACGAUUUAGGUUUAACUACAAAAGAUUUCAACUAUGCAAAUUUGAUUUGGAAUGCUGUUUUUUUAACAGCAGAGUUACCUUCUGGUGUCAUUUCGAAAGCAAUAGGGCCUGAUAUUUGGCUACCGGUACAAAUGGUUUUAUGGUCAAUUGUUGCUGCUUCACAGGCUGCUUUGAAAGGAAGAACGUCAUUUUUUGUAACAAGGGCAAUCAUAGCUGCUUUAGAGGGUGGUUUCAUUCCAGAUAUUGUUUUAUGGCUUUCUUAUUUUUUUACAUCUGCUGAACUUACCUCUAGAUUGGCUUGCUUUUGGACUUCAUUGUCUUUAUGUCAAAUCUUUACUGCAUUGUUAGCAUUUGCAUUGCUUAGAAUGAGGGGUGUUGCAGAUAUGGCUGGUUGGAGAUGGUUAUUCUUGAUUGAAGGAUUAUUCACAUUAUUGAUUGGUAUUGCUUCUUGGUUUUUAAUGGUGCCAUCUGCAGCUCAGACUAAGAAACCAUGGAACAAGAAGGGUUGGUUUACUGAUAGAGAAGAGAAGAUUGUUGUCAAUAGAGUUUUGAGAGAUGAUCCCUCAAAAGGUGACAUGCAUAAUAGGCAAGCAUUAAAUUUUUCAGCUUUGAAAAGUUCAAUAUUAGAUUAUGAUUUAUGGCCAAUAUACUCACUGGGAUUUAUAUUCUUAAUUCCAUCAACUGUGGUUAGUACUUACCUGACUUUAACACUGAAAGGAAUGGGAUUUAGUACAUUCAACACUAAUUUGUUAACAAUUCCAAACAACGUUAUACAUAUAAUUUUACUUUUUGCAAUAACAUGGUUAUCUGAAAGGGUUAAGAGUAGAUCACUCGUGGUAUUGAUCAAUCCAAUCUGGUCAUUACCGUUAUUAGCUGUAUUAACUUGGUGGAAAGGUACAUAUGAUGAUAAAUGGGGAACUUGGAUCGUUUGUACCCUUUUAAUUGCAGUUCCAUAUAUACAUGCCAUUAAUGUGUCAUGGUGUUCAAGAAAUUCAAACUCUGUUAGAACUAGAGCUAUAUCGGCUGCUGUUUAUAACAUGUUUUGUCAAGCUGGAGGGAUGGCAGCUUCGCAAAUUUACCAGCCUGAUGAUAAACCAUAUUAUCAUAGGGGGAACAGAAACUUAUUUAUAAUUGCAUUGGCAACAUUUGUACUCAUGGUGGGUAUCAAAGUCUAUUAUACCCUUAGAAAUAACUAUAAAGAAAGAGAAUGGAAGAAAUUGUCCCCAGCUGAACAAGAUGAUUACCGUCAUAAUACAACGGAUCAAGGAAAUAAAAGAUUGGAUUUUAGGUUUGAUACUUGA